AAAGAAAGAAUACAGCAAAAAAAAUUUAAAAAUACAAAAGUAUUCGAAAUACGGGCACCUCGAGUUACGAGCUCAGUCCUGGAACGGAUUAUGCUCAUAUCUCGAGGUUCCACUGUAUUCUACUUUCAAACCACAAAUCUGUGUACUCUGAUUCCUACCUAAACGGUCAAAGCACCACUCCAUGAUCCAAAUUCCAGAUUUGUCUCCGUCAUCAUUCCUCCACGAUUACAUAAUCUGUGUUUUGGCUUUGGGAUUAUUCCGCUCACAGACAGGUGGAUAGACGAACAGCUUCCCUCGCAGACGUAAUAAUACGCUAUUUUCACCUUCAAAUAAAUCAUACCGUCAUUGAGUUCAUGGCAGUAGGACACACAAGCUGAGGAACUUUGCAAUGUGCAAAAUAUAGUACUGACAGAAUGAUAUGGUGCAGUGGCAGGCAGCAGCCUGUUGCAGCAGCUAAUAGAGUUAGAAGUACCUAAGCGUGUUGAGAAGGAAAAAAAUAUCUAUUCAAGCGUGUGCCGGUACAGACAAAAGGUCAAAGAGUACACGUAGUACAGUUAGAAGCAAACAUAAUCCGUCCAAAAGUCGGUGCAAACGACUGGGAAGUCAAAUGACAAAUGUGAAACAGAUGUUUCAAAGAAUCAUGAAAUGCCAGGUGUGGUGGAAAAAUAAAGCAGUAAAGAUACUCAAACUGAAACACAAUGAAUUGUUUUGGUCUAUCGUCUAAUUUCUUCCACUGCAGUAUUCUGCAAAUGGAAAAUAAACAGCCAGAUUAUUGCACACGAACGUAUACAUAUACAUAUACAAUACUUGAUAUUUUGUUUCAUGGCUGUCAAACAAGUACAGUUUCUAAUCUGAUUGUAGUGAAUCACAGUUACUCCUGAUUAAACUCCUGAUAAAUUCAUAUUCCUCAAAAUAUCUGUAUACUGCUGAAGGUAGACGUAUGUGCGUUUUUGUUUGUUUGUUUGUUUUUUGUUUUUCUCCCCUUAUUUAAAGUUUUAAGAUGACAUCUGGAACAUGAACGGAGUUGCUUACGAAAGCUCAGUGUCACUGGUCUGAUCGUUGGGCGUCCCAGCAAAUGACUGCUGGAUGUGGAGUAGGUAUAUUGUGCAUCAGUGGAACUGUAUUUGUUGUAACUACUGCCUGCAUGUUGUACCAAACUGAAGUGAGUUCAUGUAAACACACAUUUCAUGGGGUUAGGGUUGCCUCAGGCUGGGAAAUUGGAGGGGUCGGGUGGUGGAGACUGUUUGGCCCUCGGAGGCGGGAGGGCUGGGACCGUCCCUGCUGGACCAACAAAAUAGUUUCGUGAAAACUGGUCCCCACACGGUGUGUGCACGAACAUACUCACACUCCCACACACUGAGUGUAGGGGGUGGAGGAUGAGGGUGGGGGCGGACGGGGUCGGGUGAUUAAGAGGUGCGGUGGGUGUGGACCUACUCCUCUCCUAAGCCUCGCUCCGAGAUGAUUCCUACUUUAAGAAGUGACUUCCAUCCAGGCGCACAUACUCGGUGUUCUGCUCCGAAGUGCACCCUGGUGUAGUAAGGAACUUUAAAAAAAAAAAAGUUUUUUUUUUCUCCGCUCUUCACCCUGCACUAUACGGGAUUACUGAAGACAGACACGUUGAAGGGAACCGUUUGACCCAACGUCCGUCGAUCAUCGUGUUUAUUUGACAUAUGGAACGCUUGGGAUGCGAGUCUCGGAGGGAUCUACAAUAAAGUUCAUGGGAUUUCACUGGAUGCUGGUGAUUAAUGUGACAUUUGAGCUCCAUCUUCAUUAAGCGAUGCUCGUUUGGAGGAGUAUCUGACAUGACGAGGAUCAUUUCCAUCCUGGCAAAAAUCAUGCUUUUCAAAAUACUGGCGUUAAUUCUCUUACAAGGUGUGUUGACGUCCGAUGAUACCUCGGUUAAGUCAGAGAGCGGCCGUGGAAAAGUUCCACAGUCCAGCGGGCUCUUCGACUCCGGGGAGUCCGUGCGUCUGCAGCAAUCUGCGGCAGUGAAGUCCAGGUCCAAGCGCUGCACCUGUUAUUCCUACAAGGAUAAAGAGUGCGUCUACUACUGCCAUCUGGAUAUCAUCUGGAUCAACACUCCCGAACGCACUGUGCCUUAUGGAAUGUCAAGCUACCGGGGUCCGCAGAGAAUCCGACGUGCAGUCUUUGGACAGACAACUGAUGGUGGUUCAGGGGAGAAUCAUCAUCGCUGUUUUUGUUUGCAUCAAGAGGAUUCCAAGUGCCAGGGCUUCUGUACGUCCAGAGCCUUGAAGACCACGCCACCCAGGAAUCUUCAUACAGUCGUUGGCCCUGGAUGACUGAUUGACAUCUCCUAAUGGACCAUUUAUGUCUGCUCAGUCCCUUCACUCACUUUUGACACUGUUGCUGCCACUGGGAUUCUCAACCAGCAAGUUUGAUCAGGCCACUUUUUUUUCUUCUUUUUUUUUUCUUUUACCUUUUUGGUAUAUUCCCUGGAGGCUAACCUCUUCUCUUUUGUUGCCCAGUGAGCCGAGGAUGAGGAUUACUCACAUCAUCAUGCAACAUAACACAAAUGCCAGCAACUUUUUUUGUCUGUGAAAUGUUAUUCCACAAGUACUUUGUAUUUCUUCAUGUUUACAAUGUCGUGGACUACAUUUGACCCUCAAAAUAUGUAUCACCCUGGGAGAGAGUUUGUUGAUGAAAAGGCUGUGGGAGAUCUGGACCACGCUGUGGUUUGUGAGUUGAUAUGCCUUUAAGAAGUGGGAUGCCAUUAGAUUUUGAUCACACCUUUGUGGCGGUUUAUGUCAGUAUGUACGGUCACUGUGCAAAAAAAAAUCAAGAUUCAGAAGACAAGGUUUGUAUUUAUCUGAAGAGAAUUUUAAACAUGUCUCCACAUAAACAGUUUUACUGCAAACAUUUGAGAGGUGCACCACUGUGUCCUUUGUCCAAUAAAGGACUUUAAAACUUCACCAGAAUAAAAUAUAUUGCUUCAAACUUUAUAAAGAUUAAAUUGGUUUGAAUUUUCUUUUUUUUUUUUUUUUGUAUUUUGUUGUCAUAUUGUAAAUAGAUGUUUUCCAAAGUGCAAAUACAACCUAAUAAUUUAUAAUUUAUCAAUAUCUACUAUUUUAGGGUUGCACAGUGUUCAGCAGAAUUACAUUAGAUUAUAUUAGAUUAAAAUUAAUAUUAUGAUUAUCAUAUUCUGGUGUCUUUAUUUUGCCGCCGCCUACAGUUACUUUAUUGCAUAGGAGAAGUGAUUUAGCACAAUGUC